UUUAAACGGAAAUUGUUUACCAUGUAUGGCUUGAUGUGAAGGCAGAAGUAAUGAGUCCCUCCUCCUACAGGCUACCACAUAAAAGCAGACUUCUUCCAGUCUUCUGGGGACACUACACCAAACCCUGCUCAGUCUUAUCUUUGUAUUCAGGUUGGAGACAUGGACUCAAAUACUUUGGUUGUGGCAGCUCUGGGUCGACCUUUCACCCUGGGAAUGCUGUAUGAUGCGCGGAAAGAUGAACUCAUCCCAGGUGUCACACUGUGGGACGAUAAAAUUCUAGAGGACACAGAGGAGAACAUUCAGCGCGGCAGUGAGUUUAAAAUCACUGCAUCUGAUUCGAUUGAGUCCAAGUCCUCUCUGCUGGAUGUGGAUGCGUCCCUGAAAGCCAGUUUCAUGGGUGGGCUGAUCGAAGUCGGAGGAUCUGCCAAAUAUCUGAACGACAAGAAGAAAUUUCAAAAUCAGAGCAGAGUGACCUUUCAGUACAAAGCAACCACUAAAUUCAAACAGCUGUCAAUGACUCAUGCUGAGGCCAAGAACACCAAGCAAAUAGAUGAUAGUGUUAACAGUUUGGCAACACACGUAGUCACAGGCAUCCUUUAUGGGGCAAAUGCUUUCUUUGUGUUUGACAGCGAGAAGGUGGAUGCCAGCAGCGUUCAGAGCAUCCAGGGCAGCAUGGAGGCUGUGAUCAAGAAGAUCCCCUCAUUUCAACUUGAAGGGAGAGUUAGCAUCGAGCUGACUGAAGAUGAAAAAGCCCUGACUGACAAAUUCUCCUGCAAAUUCUACGGAGACUUCAUUCUUGAGAGCAACCCUUCAAAAUUUGAAGACACUGUGAAAACAUACCAACAACUUCCAAAGCUCCUGGGAGGAAAGGGAGAGAAUAGUGUUCCACUGAAGGUCUGGAUGAUGCCGCUGAAGAAUCUGACCUCCCAAGCUGGUAAGGUGGUGACUGAGGUCAGUGUUGGACUAGUGAGGAAGGCUCAAGAGGCUCUGGAAGAUAUGAGGCAACUGGAAAGGAGGUGCAAUGACUGUAUGGAAGAUGAGGUCGCCACUCUUUUUCCACACAUUCAUGAAAAAUUGAGCAGUUUCCAAAAACUGUGUAAUUUCUAUGCAGGUGAACUCCAAGAGAGCUUGGCAAAGACACUCCCCAAGAUCAGGGCAGGUAAAGAGGACGAGAGCUCUUUGAAAAAAAUCUUCGAAGACAGAACCAAGUCACCGUUCAGCCAUGAAAACCUGAGUCGGUGGAUGGAUAAUACAGAGAGAGAGAUGAACAUCAUCAAGUCCUGUGUAGCGUUGAUGGAAGGAACAACAGUCGCCCGAAAUCGGGCAGAGCUGGACAAAGGGGUUCAUGCUGCAGAUGUUGAAGAUGCUCUCUGCUUUGUUUUCACCUCCCUGGAAACUUCUGACCCGUACCUUCAGGAAAUGGGCAACUACUUGGAUUCGUUUAAAGUAAAGAGCGCUGUGGUUGCCAAUACACCUAAACAGGACCAGUGGUACUUCUCAGAUGAAGUGGUGACCAAGCUGAGGCAAAAAGCCAAAGAUUUCCAUGAUGUUUCCAAAGCCUUGAAGAACAGCAGCAGAUUCCGUUUUCUCAUAGCAGCCAUCGCAAAUGAGAAACAUCAAGGAGCAUCCAUAUACCACUACAAGAAGGCCAUCCUGGUCUCUGACGAUUUCUCAAAGCCUCACAUCACCAAUGUGGAAACUGUCACGAACAGAAGAGAUCUAAUCUGGUACGCCUGUGAUCUCACCCUGGAUCCAGACACAGCACACUGCUGGCUCAGAGUGACCGAGGGAGACAAGAAGGCAACGAAUGGAGAGUGGCAGACGCUUCCUGACCUCCCUCAGAGAUUUGAUCACUUUCUUCAGGUUCUGUGCAGAGAGAGCCUGACUGGGUGCCGCUACUGGGAGGUGGAGUGGAGCACUGGUGGCAGUGAAGAUGUUGCUCUAGGUGUUUGCUACAAAGGGCUGGCGAGGAAAGGAGACCAGGACUGGUGCAGGCUCGGGUUUAACGACAUGUCCUGGUGUUUAGGCCACAGGUGGUCGCCACCAUCAACACCGACUCUGUACGCAGACAAGGAUAGGCACUGCCAAAACAUAGCUCUGCCCUCCACUGGCUGCACCCGACUGGGAUUGUAUCUGGACUGGAGUGCAGGCACUCUGUCCUACUACAAUGUGUCCUCUGACACACUGAGCCACAUCCACACCUUCCGCAUCAGAUUCACUGAGCCUGUUUACCCAGCAUUCAUGAUUUGGCGCACAAACAACUAUGUGUUCCUGCCACAGAUGUAGGGAUUAGUGAGCACAGGCCCAGGGGCCCCUUCGACCAGGUUAACCAGUUAAUUGCAGAUAAAGUAUGUAGGAGCCAUGAAUGCAUUAUGUGUUUUUACUAGUAGUAAGGUUAAGGGAUAGUUUUUUUAUUUUAUUUUUUGUUUAUUAGGAUAUGGUUUAUGUGAUCAUGUUGAUUGGGGGAUAGUGGGUCACAUGGUUAUGGGUAUGGUAUAUUAGCUGAUAUUUACCUGUUGAUUUCUUUUGUUAGAGAGAGGGGGGGGUCACCAUAUAUUUUGUUGACCUCUAAUUUUCUUUGAUCUCUGUGAUUCCUUUGGUUGUAUUUCAGAGCACAUUAUCAUGAGUUGAUUAUCUUUGGUUUGCUAAUAAACUGUUAAACUUA